AUGCCUUGCUAUAGCACUGGUAUAAGUAGCACCGGUUCAUUUUCACCACGGUCGACUAUAAGGGUGACCAAAACCACCACAUCGAACGGCCCUCGGAAUGUGGGCAUAACGACCACCGCCGCCGGCGCUCCUAAAGUGACCACAAGUAAAACCACGCCUACUGUUACCGUUGUCCGGGCGAUGGCCACUCGGCCGCGACGAUUGGACACUAGUCGAGCCGUAACGGUCACUACCAAUGGAUCGGCGCUUAAGGCCCGGUCUCUACGGACUUUGGCCACGAGGGCCGCAGUUGCGGGAACAUCAACAAAGUUAACCACUGCGAAUGGCACAUCCGGUACCAAAGUGACCACCAAAAGCCCGGCCCCGACACCAGUGCCAACACCGCGUACAACAGCCAAACGCAAACUGCCGGCAAAGGCCUCAACGCCGGCCCCCAAACGCCGGGCGACCGAUCAGACGAACGGUUCGCCACCGACGGCAACACCGGUUGGCCGGGCGUCGAAACGGCGGCGACUGCCGUACCAGCCGUUUGACGUGUCGGCGGACACGACUCCCGCACCCAAACGGCGAUCGCCGGCGGGUAAGUCACCGGCGAAGAAGGCGUCCUCGAAGUCGGUGGCGGACAACGAGAUGAUAUACAAGAAGAACGAGUUCCUGGCGGUGCGCAACGACUCCGGCGGUUACUAUAUAUGUCGGGCCAAACAGAAUGUGUUCAAACUGUCGCCGAAGUUCAAGAUCUUGUGGUACAACAACGCCGACACGAGUCGGCCGCUGGUCUAUACGCCCGACUUUUACGACACGACUGAUCCCGAGUGCAUACUGACGGACAUUACGGUCCGACGACUGGCCAAAGAGCAGUACGAGUUGGCCGAAGACGAGCGCCGUAUGAUUGACAGUACACUCGCGGCUAAUGCUAAGAGUUUGGCCAAGAAGUCGGACAAACCUUCAAAGACUAAAACCACUGGCGGCACAGUUAAAAAGGCCGAUAAAGUGAUCAGUAAAGCAAAAGCCAGCGCUGGUAAGCGAACCAAGGGAUCGGCGGACACGACCACAGCUGAUACCACCGCUGCUACCAAAAAGAGUACCAGAAAGUCGAAGACAACGCCAACUGAUCCAUCGGUGACAACACCGGCGAAAAAGUCUCGCAAAAAGGGUCCGCAACUGAAUCCCAAACCACAGGUCACUCACUACGAGACGGACCCGUUGUUUGAGUCCCGACUGCCGGUGCCGUACGUGUCAUCGCUGGCGCACUCGGCUCUCAUCACACGCGCAGUACUAUUGCGUGACCACCGACUGCUGGAUCAGCUGCUGUCGGGCGAUAAGAAGCUGAUCUGCGGUCUGGCUGUGCCGCGAUCGGUGGCCGUCCAACGGGACGCCCUGUCCUACGCCAUCGAGUUGAACGACUUCGUGGCCGUCAAGAAGUUGAUGACAGCCAAAGUGGGCGACACUUUGGCCCCGUUUCCCGAUAUUAUGCUCAGCGAUGAGGGCACCGGACACGGCUCGCGCUAUAUGUUUGGUCACGCGCUUCGAUCGGUGAACGUUGGCCGCGGCGGACGGGAAGGCAAUAACGCGCUACUGAAGGACAGCUGGAGGUACACCGGCUACAGUUACCGGACCUACUCUACAUAUCUCGAUGACAGCCGUGUCCAACAAGCCAUCGAAUACAGUGUACCGCCGGCAACACUGGACAAACUCAUAACCCCACCGGACGGCGAGCCCGACCUGAUCUACCGUUUCCUGGACCACGUGGUGACAGCCGUGCGGUACGGCCACUACCGUCUGGCCCACUAUAUCGUCGACAAGGGUAUCCAGAAGGGAGGGUUCGGCUUCAAUGAGCUGCACCGGGCGGUGCUGUCCAAUGAUAAACAGUUGCCACAAUUCCGGUCGGUAUCGGUGCUGAAGAAGGCCACCGGCAACUCGAGGAUUACACCGUUGCAUUGCGCCGCUAUUAACCCCGAUAGCCGUCAUAUGCAGGCCCUGUUGGCACAGCAGCCGGACUUCUCCGCACCCGACACUCAGAACUGGACGCCUGUCCACUACGCGGCCGUUUGCGAAGCACCUGGCAAUCUGGAGUAUCUGCUAUCAAACGGCGUGUCCACUGUGAUGGUGGAAAAGGACGGCAACACACCCCUACACUUGGCCGCGUCUCGUAACCGCCCGCGAAAUGUCGAGGUCAUCAUCAAACACGAGACCAGUGUCGCGGCCAACAGCGCCGCCACUACCAUCGCCGACACACCGGACACCAACACCGCCGCCAAAGCCAAGGGCAAGAAAAAGGUGCCGAUCGGUACGGCAACGGCCAGCCAAUCAACGCUGGAACGGUAUAACAAGGCUGGCUAUACGCCACUACACUGGGCGGCCCAGUGCGGCAAUACGGACGCCUGUAAGGCGCUGAUCCGGGGCGGGGCCGACAUCGAGCGCCGCACCACCGCUGUUAAGGACAAACUGUCGGCGCUGAUGGUGGCCGCCGAGUCCGGCCGACUGUCGGUAGUGAAACUGCUCACCGAAUACGGCGCUCAGGCGGACGCCCGCGACAAGAGGUGCCGUACGGCGCUGACCCACGCCGUGAUGAACGGACACUCGCAUGUUGUGAGCCAUUUGUUGCGAUUGGGCGCCGACCACACGGCCAAAGACUCGUCCGGCAAUAGUCUGGUUCACUACGCGUGUGCCUACGGCUGGUAUUACUGUUUCAAACUGCUCCGGGAGGCCGACGCGCCCCUCAAUGAGUGCAAUGACUGGAAAAUGACUCCGUUGUGCAUCGCCUUUAUGAAGGGUCACACGGGUUUGGCCGAGGAGGUGGUCAAGGAGUCCGGCGCUAAUAUUGAUAUGCCUGUUAACGAUACUACCGAUUCACAGUAUGGCAUAAAAAGGUGGCGCAACGGUCAGUACAAAGGUUUAGGUGCGAAUCUAUUGAUGCAAACGUGCGGUUCGGCACCCAAUCAACAACUGUUGGAUCGGAUGAAGUUCCUGAUAGACAGAGGGGCCGACUGUACCAAAACCGACUACGAGGGCGACAAUUGUUUACACUAUUUGGUACGUAACGAGGCCCAGACGUUUCGGUAUAAGUCGCCGCCACCCGUCAAUCGGAAACCCCUCGCCGUUAAGGCCGUCAAAAAACUGGCCAAACAGCGGGACGUCGUGCUGAAAGCGAUGGCUCAGUUGGUGAGCCGCGGGUGCGAUCCGCACGCCAUCAACAAACAGCAACAGUCGGCGUUCACUUUGGCCGCACAGUCGGGCGCUUUCCUAGCGCUGGAGCGCAUACUAUCGGUCAAAGACUGUCCGCUAUCGGCCACCGCUGCCGACCCGACCACUGGCGACACAUUCCUCCACCAUAUGGUCGCUCACGCGGCCAAAGACGUGACGAUUGGUGGCUACCAGACGCUGGCCUGGUAUCUGCGAUCGUUGGCCACGGGUAGCGUACGGCACGAGUUGGCGCUCAAGACAAUGGCCGCCACAGGGAAUAAGUCGCACCGGCGGCCACUCCACGCGUUUCUCGAGAAAUACUCGUCCAUUAGUUGCGGCGCGGAUUACACGAACAAAUUGUUGGACUUUUUACGCCUAUUGCUGGACACACUCGGCUCAGACGUCGACGCGCCCACCGAUUGGUCCGAUCCCAAACACAUUGACUACGCCCUGCAUAUGGCCGUCAGGUCCGGCUGUUUGCCAGAGAUCUUGGAUGAGUUGAUGGCCCGGAAGCCGCUGUUGGAACAGCUGGACAACACUUGGCGGACACCGUUGGCUGUAGUCAUAACGGGCGGCCACGAGUCGACGGCUCGUAAGCUGAUCGCCGCCGGCGCUGACGUCAAGUUCCGGUCGUGCACGCGAAGAAGUCGUUUCUUAACCAUGGCAACAAACACCUCUUCCCGCGGCUGCAGCCGAACAGCCCUACACCUGGCGGUGAACUGUCGUCGCGGCGGCACUGACGACACGUUUGACUUCGAGGAGCGCCUGUUGGCCGCCGGCGCCCGUACGGACAUAUUGGACAACAGGGGUCGGGCGGCCCUACACUACGCUUUUGUGAAAAUAGGCGCCCAUACGGACCGGGCAUUCAUGGAUCCAAUCGAUUUGGUUGAACUCCUGGACCCGGCAGAUGUGGAUCACCCAACCGGUCAACCCAUGCCCUGCGAGGCGGCCGACGAGUUUGGGUCCACUGUUUUGCAUUACGCGGCCCAACGCGGGGCCACCAUAUCGUGUAUGCAUUUGUUGCGCCGCUCGGCUGUGCCCGUCGACCCCGUGGACAGAGCGGGCAAUACACCACUCGGUCUGGCAGUCUUGUAUGGUCACGAA